UACACCCCUCAAUUUUAAUCAUCCCUCCACAACUCAUCACAUUUCACUCAAUUCUUCAGGUAAAAAUUAAUACGAAAAUUUGCGAAAUCCAUUAGAUAAUGAGCAAAAAACCAUCGGCUCCUAGUGCUUGGGAUGACGACUGGGAAUCUCAAGCCGAUGCAUGGGAUGCAACACCUACACCGAAUAAAGCGGUCGAGGACGAACCCAAAAUUUCUAAGGCUGAACGAUUAGCAAAACAUGCGGAGACUAACAAGAAGAUAUGGGAAUCUGCGUAUGUUUUGCUACACGCUUACAGUCUAUAUUGUUUUGCACUCUAAACUAACACGAUCACUCGAUAGCGAAACUCCAGGCGGCCUCUCAGAGCAAUUUCCAUUCCUUCUCCCUCCAAAUCUGGCCAAACCUGUCCCAUUAGCUACACCUUACAAAGCGCCUCUUACACUUCUAUCUCGAAAGCCCGCUCCUAGAACAGUCACUAAGAUCGAUCCUCGUACUGGUAAAACAAUCACAGUUGAAGCAGAGGAAGAAGAGGAAGUAAUUGUGGCAGGCCCAAGUGCUGAGGAAUUGCGUCAAAAGGCGCAGCGUGAACGAGAGGAAAAGCAAAGAAAAUACGAUGAAGCCAGAGCCAGAAUCUUAGGGACGAGUUCUUCACCAAGAAGUAAUUCUGGAAACGGGAGAGGGGGUAGCGGUAGUAAUACUCCCAGGAAUGGAACACCCCCUCUACAGGCAAGGGGAAGGGGUAGAGGAAAUGAUGUUCGGAGACAGGAUAGUAGGCCAGAUAGUAGAACUGGACAGAAGGAAUUAUUUGAUCCAAACUAUACACCCAAGCCCGGAUCGUUCACAAUACAGAAAACGUCUAGAAAUGGAGAAGGAUCACGACCAGCAUCAGGCACAUCUACGCCAACAUCACGAGAGAACGAACAAGUUAUUAGAGCACCAAGAGGACCUGACGCAACAGGCAGAGGAUUUGAAUUCGCAAAUCGAGGUGGAAAAAUGGGUUGA